GGAAGCAUCGGUUUGAGUGGAGAGAAGCACCCAGAGCACUUGCUGUGUUUCCUAUACAUCAUCAAUAUAAAGGUCCAGUUUGGCCUGUUUGAGGCUGUUUGAGUUUAUUUGAGUGUUCACAGACUCCUCUUGUUGGCUUUUGAAGCUGAUAACGUUGAAUGUACAAAGAACAAACAUAGUAGUACAGAGUGUGUUUAAGCUGAAUUUAAAGUCAUUAUUCUUGUUGAAGGCUAGUGUGAAAUGAAACCACUUCCUCUUUCGAGUUAGCAGAAUUUUAAAAAUAAUACUCAUUCUGAGGACCACACCUCAUCUGCGAAGACGUACUAUCAGACACAGUGAAUGAUGGAUUUAGAUCCCAUUUAUGGAAAUGUUGACCGCAUCGAUUUUAAGAAGAAAACUGGACCUCAAACUCAGAGUCACGACCAGGACGAAGGAAAAGAUCUAAACAGCAGAGGAAGUAGAUGUUUGGUGUUGAUCACAGUGAGUCUCGGGCUCAUUUGUGUUCUUCUGCUGGUCUUCAUCAUACUGCAGCACAUCACCAUCACAGCAGAGAGAGACCUGAUAAACAGUUACAAGAACACAGUUGAAGAGUUCAAUCAAACCAUCAACAGCUUACAGGACAAUUACACUUAUCUAUUGACUGAUAAAGACCAACUGCAGAACAACUUCAGCUCUUUGAGUCAGAAGAACCUGGAGUUAGAAAGCAAAGUCACUUCUCUGAGUGAGGAACUGAAGAAAGAAGCAUCUAAACGACGUUGGUUUUUUAUGUCCAGUGAGUCGAUGAGCUGGUCUGACAGCAGGCAGUACUGCAGGGAUCGUGGAGCUGAUCUGGUCAUUAUCAACACUCAAGAGAAGCAGAGACAAAUAUCUUCAUUCACCACGGAGAGAGUGUGGAUUGGUUUGUCUGACAGAGAGCAGGAGGGCAACAUGAAAUGGGUGAAUAAUUCACCACUGAAACAAGGAUUUUGGUUCAAUGGUGAGCCGAAUGACCAAGCUGGAAAUGAGGACUGUAUUGAACUGAUGCCUUCAAAUCCCAUCCUGAACAACUGGAAUGACCUGCCAUGCUCAGAGAAGAGAAAAGGGUUCUGUGAGAAAUAGGAUUCAUCCCAUCUAUAAUUGUGUAUAAUAUAAUUAUUCUUAUUGUGAAUGCAUGAUUUACAAUUUCAAGUCCCUGCCUUUUAAAACACUGUCAACUGAUAUGAGUUUUUAUAAAGAAAAAUUUGAAAUUGUCAUUAUUUUCUGAUUGAUUUGACCCUGUUAUUCUGAUAUUGAGUGUCUGUAAAACAGCUUUUGAGUUGAAUCGCUUUCUCCUUGAAUAAAAUGUCCAAUUACCAUCA